AUGGCUGAAUUAACACCCAAUUGUAUUGGACAGACAAUCAGCGAGGCCUCGCUAACGGAUGCCGUUGUGCAAGUUAUUGGUCUUCGCCAAAUGAACUCUGGAGCGAGUGCAACGAAGAGACACAUGGUUGUUUUUUCUGAUGGUACGAAUUCUGCUCGAGGAUUGACCGGAAAUUCUGUCGAACCUCUUAUUGAGCAAGGCCAGAUCGCUCUGUAUUCUAUUAUCCGAAUUAAACAGCUAAAGAUCGUGAAGGCCCAAGCGGUUUUAUUGCUAAGUGUGGAGCCUAUCCGUUUGAUGGAUCACCAAAUCGGCAAUCCUGUUUUGUCAAAUAUGCCUCAAAAGCAGGCUACUCCAUCCGCUGCGAAUCAGCAACCCCCUCCAAGCUAUCAACAGCCCUCCUAUCAGCAGCCUAAUCAGCAACCUGCCUACCAGCAACCUUCUUAUCAGCAGCCCAAUCAGCCCUCCUAUCAGCAGUCUUCCUACCAACAACCCUCUUAUCAGCAACCACAACAACAACCACAGCAACAACAACAGCCCUCUUAUCAUCCACAGCAACCCUCCAUUCAAAACUAUCAACCACAACCCCAGCAUCAACAGCCUCCCAAGCCCCUGGCUCCCCAUCCGUCGUCCAUGGGCGCUGCUCCCAAUCCCAACGCGUACUUCAUCGACUACGCGCACUGCAACCAGAUCCCGAUCUCCGCGAUCCAUCCCUAUCUCACGAACGGCUGGUUUAUUCGCUGCCGUGUGACGAACAAAUCGUCGAUCCGCACGUUCAACAACGCGCGCGGCGAAGGCAAGCUCUUCAGCGUGGAUCUUCUGGACAAAGACUCGGGCGAGAUUCGCGUGACGUUCUUCACGGAGAUGGUGGACACGUUCUACAAUUAUCUGGAGGUCGGGAAAGUGUACGACUUCUGCAACUUCAAAAUCGGGUUCGCGCGGAAGCAGUUCAACACGUUGAACAACGAAUACGAGCUGCAGUGCAUUCGGUCGUGUGGGGAUCGGAACGCGGCGCUGAUUUCUAGCUGCGGUUUGUAUUUCGCAGGACGACAACGCGAUUCAGACCCAGAACUACAACUUCGUUCCGAUUAG